AUGGCAGGACGUUCGACUACUGAAGCCAUCCACAUUAUGCGGAGACUGAUGGAGAAGUAUAGGGAAAGGAAGAGGGACCUUCAGAUGGUGUUCAUUGACCUUGAAAAAACUUAUGAAAAAAUCCUGAGGGAUGUUCUCUGGAGGUGUUUGGAGGCUAAAGUUGUCCUGAUGGUGUAUAUUAGGGCGAUAAAGGACAUGUAUGAUGGAGUUAAGAGUCAGGUUAAGACAGUGGGAGGAAACUCGGAAAACUUCCUAGUUGAAAUGGGGCUACAUCAAGGAUCUGUUCUUAGACCUUUCCUGUUAGCCUUGGUGAUGGAUGAGCUGACGCGGUUUAUUCAGGAGGAGGUGUCUUGGUGUAUGUUAUUUGUAGACGACAUAAUAUUGAUUGAUGAGACAUGA